CAUCGUUCAACUUUUUUCAACAACAACCGUGAAUCAAAAUACUGGGGUCGUACUGUCGGAUGAGUUCGGGCGGGUAGGAAUGGAAGAAGGUUCUGUUUCUUUGUUGAAUCGAAGAAGGUUUUUCAGGCGCAGGCGUCCAAAUCCCCGGCUACUUAACGAUAUCGCCAGGUUCGAUUCAAGAUGGCUUUUGCAACACCCUUACUCGUCGAUGGAACCUUAUAUCGAGGAGUGGUAUUUUGCACGUUGACAUCAGUAAACGUGGGGCUGAUCGUAAUUCAAGAAGCUGCAGACGCUCCUUCGGCUUGGAGAGGCGGGCAGAUGGAGAUGAUGGAGUCUUGGAGAUGAGAAUGACGGAACCGGCGUUGUAUUUACUGCAAGUUCGUCUGUGUUACUCGUUCUUUGCCUGAUGCACAGCUUACUCGCUUUUCGGCUCCCGUCAGCUGGUUUGAGCUUGGGGAAUAUCACUACCAAGUUGGGGAACAUCAAUCUAACAGUCACAAACGUUACUAUUGCUCUUGGGAACUUCGAGCUUUUCGUACAGCGUCGAGAACGUAUCAAUCGGUAACAUCAAUCAUCGGAUCUGUUCCUUUACCGGGCGCCAGUCCUGUCCAGGCCUUCAGUGCAUUCGUCUGUCAUCUCUCAACAUCAUCCUAGGGUCAUUCACAGAACUAAUAACACGUAUACCUACUUCCAGUCCUCUUCAACUUCAAUCAGCACAUCAACAGCCUCAGGUACAUCCACUGUUGUAUCUACCAGUGCUUCGCAAACAGCUACCACUUCCUCAGGCUUCCUUCGACAACGACUCGGUAGGCAAAAAUCAGGUGUAGGAGGAACGGAUACAGCCUCCGACACAGCAACUCCACCUGUAUCUGUACCCAUGGCUACAGCAACUGUUGGUGGUGGGCCUAUCAGUCUUGACACAGGGAGCGUGAACACAGAAAUCGGGAAUAUAUCAAUUCUUGUUGGACAUGUGAAUGUUAGUGUCGGAGACGAACAUUACCCUCGGGAAUAUUUUCGUUUUGGUUCAGAUUGGACAGCCGGAUCUGACCGGGGCGCUGGGAAAUCUCAAAAAUACGUUACAUGGGAUCGGUGAUAGGUAGAGUGAGCGGUGCUCAAGCAGCUCGAGGGACUCUUGGCUAUUUAUACCCAAUAUAUAUGUCUAAAUCGUGCGAAGCUUCCUUUCAACGCAGUUCGCUCACCUUCUCUGUUCGAGGG